GCGGAGCUGCGAGUGACGCGGGUAGGUGUCAGUGGUGGUACAGGGGGACUGCCAGCGCACCGUGCGGACGUUUCUAAUACCGCGCAGACCGCCGCGCGACCACGCAGGCUUAUGCGCACGCGCACCUACAAUAACUUUGCGCGCAACUCGAUAACAAACAAUAUGACUGUUUAAAAAAUAAAUUAAAAACGCUAAGUGUAUACACAGUGUUGAACGUGCCACCUUGGAAGUACCGGGCUGAAAUAAAGUGAAAAUUUGUUUGGUAGAAGUUUUCGAGUGUUAUCGAUAUCCGCGCCAUUCGAAAAGCGGUAACUUUCCAUGAGAGGGGCACGCAGGGACGAGGGUCUACAUGCGGCUGGAAGGCCCGUCCAUUCGCCCACGUAGGAGAACCUCGUGAGGACCGCGAGGACCACUGAGGACCCGCAAGGACCAACGUCCAUAUUUCCUCACCCGACCAGACACGAACAGAAGUCAAGAUGCAGUUCGUACGGUCCUUUUUCAAGAGGAUCACAGACGAUCUCAAGCAGAAGAAGCUGAUACCGCUGAAAGUUCUGUUCUUCGUGCAUGCCUCAACGCUGUUCGUCCUGUACCCGUACCUGACGAUCCACAUGCGCGAGCUGGGCAUCAACGUGGAGGAGACGGCCAUCAUGUCCGCCGUCACGCCCGUCGUGUCCAUCGUCAUGCCGCCGCUAGCGGGUAUGCUGGCCGACAAGAUCGGGAACUUUCGGCUUCUGCUAGCGCUCUCUUCCGUGCUAGGCGGCGCGUCGGCCCUGCUGCUCCUAGCGGUGCCCGUAGGUCGCCUGACGGUGACCUUCCCGCCCGCGGCCGAGUUGCUGGCGACCUGCGGCGGCGGCGGUGGCGGCCUGCGCUUGAGACACAUGACCGACUACCCCUGCACGCCGCGCCAUCCGUACGCUUACGAUCUCAAUCUCACCAUACUAACAUGCGGCUUCAUAUGCGAGCUACCCGACAACUUAACUCCAGACGAGGCGGCCGCCAUCGCGCGCUCGCAGUCCUACGACGUGAGGAUCCAGGCGGAGGAGGCUCGCCAGCGCCUGGUGUACCGGCACUCCGUGGCACACCCCGCCCCGCGCCCCGCCCGCCCCGCGCGCGACCAGAGCACCUCGCGCAUCAUGACCAACGACCCCUACGUCAACAUCUCCAUCUCCAGGCUAUCCGACCGCGAGCUGUUCUUCCCCGCGCCGAGACUCUACCAGAUGGAAUGUUCUGGAAGCGCCGGGAAUGUUACCUGCUCGUUUGGUAGCGAUGAUAUUCUGGAUACAGAUGAUGUUAAAGCGGAUGCUAAGUUCCGAGUGCGGAUUAGUCAUGAGCCGGCGGAGGUGACGGAUGUGCGGGAGUACGCGGUGCAGGCCAUAUCGCCCCUCAACAGCACCAAGUUUGAGGACUAUAAUGGGAGCGACAGCGUCAUGUGUCAAAACUACUUUGAUGCGGGUCUCUCCGGCGGCGCCACGGUCCGCGCUGGGGGCCGCCGGCUGCGCUGUUCGCCCGCCUGCGCCGCCGCCACGCCGCGCGCCGCGCUCUGUGACAACCCUCAACAGCAGCUGGAGCUGGACCCGUCGUUCACCUUCUGGGCUUAUCUUGCUGUGCGCGUAUUCAUAGGCAUAAUCGGCGGCACAGCGUUCGCGAUGUUCGAGGGCGCGGUGAUCGCCAUCGUGCGGUCUCAGAGAGCGGACUAUGGAUUGCAGCGGGUGUACGGCAGCAUCGGGGGGAUGAUCUCCUCACCACUGUCCGGAGUGCUCAUUGAUUAUGCGAGCAGGGGGAAGGGGUAUACGGACUUCCGGCCUGCGUUCUACCUGUACGCGGUACUCAAGAUAGCGUCCGGAGCGCUCAUGUUAAGCAUAGACCUUGAGUUCAAGCAGCCCGCGCAGAACCUUCUAGAAGACGUCAUACACGUGCUUAAGAACAUCGAGAUGGUGGCGCUGUUCAUCGCUUGCUUUAUUAUGGGCACGGCAUGGGGCUACAUCGAGAGCUUCCUCUUCUGGCUGCUACAAGACCUGGGCGCGUCUCGCUCGCUCAUGGGCAUCACGAUCACGGUGGGCGGCGUGGCGGGGCUGCCGCUGCUGGUGCUGUCGGGGCCCAUCAUCCGCCGUCUCGGACACGCUAAUGUGCUGUUCAUCGGAUUCGUCUUCUACGCUAUACGGUUGCUAGGUUACUCGCUGAUCUACAACCCGUGGCUGUGCCUGAUCUUCGAGGCGCUGGAGUCGGUGACCUCCUCGCUGUCGUUCACGGCGGCCGUCACGUACGCCGCGCGACUGUCGUCCACUACGACCGACACGUCUGUGCAAGGGCUGCUGGGCGGACUGUAUUAUGGCGUUGGCAAGGGCGCGGGCAGUCUCAUCGGGGGCUACCUCAUGAAGUUCUUCGGCACGCGGCAGACCUACCAGAUCUUCGCCGCCUCCACGCUGUUCACAGGCUGCGUCUACUUCCUCUUCAACAAGUUCUACAUCCGCCAGCGAGCCACCAGCACCGUCGCCAACGACAUCUACAAGAAGAAACCAGCAGUUCUAGACAUAGAGUGCAGGGAGACAAGCAAAGAUAAAACCGAGAAAGCCAUACCGACGAUCGAUAUAACAAGCAAAGACGCGGAGAAAAUUGAGACGCCAAAUGGUAAGGUAGAACCGGAGACAACGGUAGAUCACAAUAAGUUAGUGCCCGACAACAUAGAUGGCAGCAGUGACUCGGGGGUCGAGAAUCCCGCAUACAAUGACACGGAAAAUUCGACAAAGGACACAAAAACACAAGAGAAAGAUAAAUAAUGUGAUAUUACAGUUUGAGAGUUUAUAAAUUAAAUUUAAUUAAGUAAAUAAGUAUUAAAAUUUUAGAUAUUGACAGAAUAGUUUUAUAUAGUUAGUUAUAUUUUUAGAUGUUUUAAGUGACAAUUUAAAAUUAUAGUGAUGUUAUAAGUAAGUUAAGUUAAUGUGAAAUAAUUUAUUAA